AACCCUAAAGUAGUCGACCGGAUACCUAUACAAUCAAGGAAUUAUGUGGUAUUUAUUGCGGAGAUUCCACUCGAUCACAUCGUACCAGGUUCAUCUAUGCCGAGCAACCAAUCCCCAUGAUAUGUGUAAUGUAGUACCUGUCUGUCUCACACCUCCAUAUUCAUACAUAAUAGUAAACAGUGAACGUUGUUAUCUCCGCAUGACUUCGGAAUCCCCUCUACCGUGAUUUGUUGGACUGCGUUUGCCCCUCACCUGGCCGGCCGGACACGGUAACACGCCUCAGCCACUCGAGCGACUAUUGACAAGAAAUACUCGAUGCAGAUGCACUCUAAUCCCCCUCUUGGUACUCACACUGUCACACAGUGAGAUAUGCUCACGGCUAUUGAGACAGGUGGCGCAACUAUCGAGUGCCCAGCCCGCCAUAAUAGCCAGCCGUCAAUCUUCAACAUAAAACUGCGGGGAACGUAGUCAGUUGUAGUGUACUCGUACAUAUAUCCCGGUAGCUAAAGUCUACGGGCAUUCUGGAUCUAUCUGGUCAUAUUGUUUCCCAGAAACAUCAGUCCUGAGUUUGGACCAGUUUGAAAUGAAUUGCACAAGCUUGCGUUUCGCUCGGCAAGUCCGGACACAAUGUAGUCGAAAGACAGUUUGGCACCCCUCCUACAGAGGCGUCUUUGGAAGCCAACCCAAUCGACGAAUAACCGGGGCAGCGUACUCUUCACUCGCUCGUCAAUCGAGCGAAGGGAAAAGCGUGAUCAUCACAGGAUCAAGUCGCGGCAUCGGAAAAGCCAUAGCAUUACGCUUAGCCACCGAUGGCUACAACGUCUGUGUCAGCGAUUUAGGUGCGAACCGAGCCGGAUGUGAAGAAGUGGCCAAGGAAAUCCGUAGCAUGGGACGGAAGGCGUGCGUGGCUAUGGCCGACGUCACGAACAGAGAGGAAGUCAAGAAGAUGAUUCAAACCAGCGUUCGGGAAUUGGGACCGCUCAACACAAUGAUCGCGAACGCCGGCAUCGUACAAGUGAUUGAGCCCUUGCUAGUAUCGGAAAAGGAUUUCCAGCACAUGUUCUCCGUCAACGUCUUCGGCGUGCAGAACUGUCUGGCAGAGGCAGCGAAGCAACUCAUCGAGCAGGGAAACUGUCAACCCGAUAGCCCCGGGAAACUGCUGGCGGCGUCGUCUAUAGUCGGAUUCCGGUCAUUCCCACUACUCCCCCAUUACAGCGCGAGUAAAUGGGCUGUUCGUGGUCUGGUCGAAGCGUAUGCGAUGAAUUUGGCCGAGAAGCAUAUCACAGUGAACGCAUACGCGCCAGGCAUUGUUGAGACCACCAUGUGGGAUAUCAUUGAUGCCGGCGUGGCUGAGAGAACAGGGAUGGCCAAGCACGAGGUGACGGAGAAGAUGGCCCAUGAUAUGUCACUUCUACACAGAGUCAGCGUGCCGGAAGAUGUAGCUAAACUCGUGAGCUUCUUGGCAAGCAGUGACAGCGACUUUGUCACGGGUCAAACGCAGCUUGUGGACGGCGGUGUCAUCUUAACAUGAUUUACAACAAUAUGAUUAAACGGUAUUGUCUAUACCAAGUGUGGGGAGCGGGCCUGGAGUCGGGACCUUGUUUUAUUGUUCAGCCUUAGAAUUGAUAUGCUUGCUUCUGGUCUUUCUUGUCAUAGUUGCUACUGGCGUUUUCCUUUCAUACUGGGCCUCAAACGGCCAAGUUAUGUAACGAGAGAGUUCCCAAGGUAUGUUUUGGAAGAGAGAUUGACUGCCACCCAAGGU